AUGGAGAUUCAAGCUCAGGAAGCAGCUCAAAAUGACACUCAAAUGCCGUAUGAAGCAAGCAUGACGGGAUAUUUAGCCACCUUGAACACAUUGAUACAGAAUGAUCCUUUCAUUCUCCAUAAAAUUUCACUCACUCCCUUCACUGAAACUCCCUUGCACAUCUCAGCUUUGCUUGGUCAUGUUGAGUUCACCAAGGCUAUUACCACUAGCUACUUGCUUUCCGUGCCGAAAAUAAGAGUGGAUUUGAACUCCUUGAUCAAAAAUGGCCUUCCAGCCUUUGAUGGAAGCUGUAGAAAUGGCACACAAGUCAAAGCAAUUUACAGAAGAAUCCAUCAAAGAAAAACCACCAAAGUUCAAACCACCCAAUCACCCCAAAAAUUACAAUCAAUACUAACAUCAUUCUUCAAGUGGAGAAGGCUCAGCAAGUACAAGAGCGACACCAUGAAAAGACAAGAGGAAACUGAUGGUGGUGGCCACUUUGGCUGCCACCAUGAGUUUCCAGAUUGCAACAAAUCCACCAGGUGGCUACUGGCAAGAAGACACCACUCAUUCGAAGCUGAAACCUGCCCAAAGGGGGUAAUUUGCAGAGCUGGAACUUCAAUUCAUGCAUACACAGAUGGGUACUACUACUUAACAAUCAUAAGCAUAAUCUCAUUCUCAGCAUCGCUCAGCAUAAUUUUGCGGCUCAUUAGUGGAGUUCCUCUCAGGAAUAGAGUUUCUGUGGAAAUUGUGCUUGUAAAAAUGUGGGUUACGGUGCUCUUUAUUGCCAAUGCAUACGUUAUCUCAAUAGACUUGGUAAUGCCAUAUGAUGAAAUAUUUCAUAGUUUGAAUAGCCCGUGGCGUCAGGUCUUCUCGAGGAUUUGGGCUUUGUCGCUUAUCGCUAUAAUUUUUAUACAUGUAAUAAGAUUUUACUGGUGGGUGUUGAAGAAGCUGUUCAUGGGGGUGAUUUUUGUGACUAAACGUUGCUGUUUUAAGAAGAAAAAACAGCUUGAUCAGCCUGUGGUGAGUGCUUAG